AUGCCAAGAGAGUUUAACGUUCCCCUUUUCUACCGAAGCCCCAUCAUUUCUGUGGUGAAGCAAGCCCGCCGGGUGACCGAUCCUCGCAAACGUGACCUUACCCCUUCUGUCUUGGACUUUGGUCCGGUGCGUUUCAAGAUUGCGCGUCACUUUGGGUUCUGCUAUGGGGUGGAGAACGCAAUCGAAAUUGCCUACCGGGCGCUGGAGGAGAAUCCGGAUAAACGGAUCUUCCUACUGUCUGAGAUGAUUCACAAUCCUCACGUCAACACAGAUCUCCGUGAGCGGGGUGUGCGGUUUCUCUGCGAAACGUCGGGCAAGCAAUUAAUCCCUUUCGAUGAAUUGAUGCCCGCGGAUGUGGUUAUUGUGCCUGCCUUUGGAACGACGCUGGAAAUACAGUCUAAACUGAAUGAGCGUGGCAUCAAUCCUUACGCUUACAACACGACCUGUCCUUUUGUGGAAAAGGUGUGGAAGAAAAGUGAGGAGAUUGGCAAGCAAAAUUACACAAUCGUAGUGCACGGCAAGCGAUACCACGAAGAAACGCGAGCGACAUUUUCCCAUGCGAAAUCGGGAGCACCCGUAGUGGUUGUACUGAAUCUGGUUGAAGCGAAGAACCUUGCUAAAGUGAUAUGCGGGGAAGCUGACCGAGAGUUUUUCUUUGAAUAUUUUGCGGAUAGCUACUCCCCCGGCUUUGAGCCAGACCGUGACCUGAAACGUAUCGGUGUUGUCAACCAAACGACGAUGCUAGCGACCGAAACACAGGCGAUUGCAGACCUACUUCGGCGGGCGAUGGUAGACCGAUACGGUGCGGAACGUGUUGACGAACAUUUUGCCGAUACUAAGGAUACGCUGUGCUACGCGACCAAAGAGAAUCAGGACGCGACGCUCGCUCUCAUCGAAGACCGUGGCGACUUAGCCUUGGUGGUGGGUGGAUACAAUUCCUCCAACACCAGCCACCUUGUAGAGUUGUGUGAGACUAAAAUGCCGACGUACUUCGUCCGCGACGCCGGGGAGACCGAAUCGCCUCGGUCCAUCCGUCACUGGGACAUUCACGCAAAAACUGUGUGCGAAACGACCGAUUGGCUGCCGAUGCACUCUACUGAUGACGGUCCCGUUGAUAUUAUCCUGACCGCGGGGGCUUCUUGUCCUGAUGCUUUGCUUGAUGAGGUGCUGUGCAAAGUUGUCUCGUGGUUUCCUAGAACCCUGUUGGUUGAUGAUGUUCUUGCACCCUACCGGAACGAUGAAGGCUCCAAUCGGUAA